AGAACCCACGGACCAUGCUGAUACUGAUCCCUCUCAGUUGACGGUGUUGUUAGAGAACAGGGGUGGAAUGCCCGAUGGAAUGUCGUAUUUUGGUAUGCCUCGUGGCAUUCCUAGUAGGCCCUAGUAACGAGCGGACGUAGGAGGACAACAAGGAUGGAGGAGCCAUUGGGGGGGAAUGAGGCCUCAGGCAAUCGUCUCUUUUUUCCCUGCUGGUUUCACGAACAUUCCCUGUUCUUUUCUUUCUCUCUCUGUUUUCCUCUCUCUUUCACUUCCUACUCUACUCGCUUCCACUCUUCUCCCACACAACGGUCGUUUCCGAUUUCAUUUGUUUUGACAAUUACAAUCCCUGAUCGAUUCCGAAUCGUCAUCACGGGCUUCAUUGUCACUGUCUGUCUCUACAGUUCCACCGUGCUUUUCCGAGUUGAUCUGCACUGCUAAUUGACCCACACGGUCGCUCCACCACUAUCGAAGUUUGACAUUACGUUCGCACAGAUUGCUCCGUGCUGAAUCUAUCCCACCAGUUUAGGGCAG